UUGAGUAUAACACAGAGUCAGAAACUGGGAGAAAAGCAAAACGACGUCGCAGCAUCUCACGUCCGUCCGUCCUCUGACCCGCGCUUGCAUAUAACUGCAUUUGGCGGCGGAUCCACAAGUCCGUAAAUCGGCAGAUCCGAAAAGCGCUUUGGAUCCGACGCGGUUUCGGACCCGUUUUCUUUCUCGCAGCGACAUGUUCCUUCAAAUGACUCGCGAUCUACAACUUCUCUCAGAUCCGAACCUCUGAAUUUCACUUUCUCAGAGAGAGAGGGCAUCAAUGCCGGUGGUUAUCGAGAGCUCCGUUUGGGAACCGAAUCCAUGGCUGUUCAUACUCAUAUUCUUGGCUUGUUUCCUCUCGAUUCUUCUACUCCCUUACUUCUCCAAGAAGCACAUCGUUAGCAGCGGCAAAUCUCCCGCCAUCUUCGACCUCGGAAUCGCUUCCGCUUCCUUUCUCCGUUUCCAGAGGAACUUUCUUAUCAUUUACUUUCUCGCUUCAGUUCUGGAAGGAUUGGACUUCGCUUUCGGUGAGUUUGAGUUUGCUCAUUACGGCGUAAGCAGAGAGCAGAUAUUGUUAUCGAUCUUUGUUGGACACGCAUCUUCUCUGUUCUUUGGUACUUUCAUAGGAGCAUUUUCCGAUUUAAUAGGUCAAAAGAAAUUUUGUGUGAUCUUUUGCAUCCUCCACCUUUUUGUCGGCCUAUGGAAGAGAUUUAUCGCACAUCCAAGUAUUAUAGUGGGUAGCAUCUGUUUGUCACUCUCUGCUUCGGUAUUUUCAUUCAGUUUUGAGACAUGGAUGGUAGUUCAGCAUGAAAAGCAAGGGCACAGAAGAGAUACAUUGAAUGACAUAUAUUGGUUGAUGAGUUUCUUUGAGGCUGCCUCUAUAAUCCAAAGUCAAGUCCUUUCAAAUUGGCUCAUUGGUGAUAAUGUGGAACAGAACAUUUCAUCUCCUCACAUGGCAACUGUCUUCUUUGCGAUGUUGGGGAUCAUUUGUAUCUCUAAAAUAUGGGCAGAAGUCCCUCAGAAAACAGUGUUUAAGGAGUAUAAGGUGUCUUUCCAAACGCAUAUUUUUGGUGAUAAAAAGAUAUGGUUAUUGGCAUGGGUGCAAGCUUGCCUUCACUUUUCUGUUGCAGUCUUCUGGAUUCUUUGGGCCCCAACUGUGGUGGCUGAUGGGCGAGAAGUACAUUUAGGCAUGAUAUAUCCAUGUCUUUUUGGCUCAAGAAUGCUAGGAAGCACAAUAUUCCCAUGGCUGAUUGACAGACUAUCAUCGCGUAGAACUGAGGAUUACUUGGUAUAUGCAUUUGGUAUACAGGGGCUGGUAUUAUUCAUCAUUGCUUAUGAUUAUCAGGAAAUUGUAGUUCUAGUGACGCUAUUUUGCUUAUUUCAAGCUUCUGUUGGCCUGAUUUUGCCUUCACUUGUGAAAUUAAGGACCAUGUAUGUGCCGAAUGAGUUGCGUGGUGGGAUGACAAGCCUUUCUCAAGCCCCUGCACAUGCAGCAAUUUUGUUUUUUAUGGUGCAGGGAGGCUAUUAUCGGAACAUUGGGAAUGCUGCAAUCCUGGCAAUUGCUGCUCUUGGGCUGUUUACAGCGGCUGGUUGCAUGCAUGUGCUAAAACGGUGGGGAAAGCAACCCUAUCAAAACGGGCACAAGCUAUGAUUUCAUGAAAAUUUUUUGCCAAAAUUGGUGAAUUUUGAAUGGCUAUCAUCAUUCCUUGAUUGACGAAAAGAAAAAUUCUCAGAAAAUAAUAGAUCAAAUACCAUUUGACAUCCCACGAGCAUCAAAAGAGUUUUUCGGGCUAUGUAGAUAAUUCAGCUGGCAAGUCCGGAAAAAAUGCAAACAUGUCCAUCCGUCAUCAAGAUUUGGGUCCG